AUGAAUCAACAUAAUGUUCAUCUUCUUGAUCUUCCAAAUGAAAUAUUAUUCAUGAUUUUGAAAAAACUUGAGAAUAUUGAUGUUCUUUAUUCUUUAUUGGGUACCAACAAUCAACGACUUGAAAUUAUAGAACAAGAACAAAUCUUCACUAACAUUCUUAAUUUUAUUUCCAUAUCGCAAUCAACUGAUGAGAUUUCUUCAAUUUCUGGUUCAAUACUCGAUCAAUUUUGUAUUGAUAUAUUACCAAGAAUUCAUAAAAAUGUCAAAUCGCUCAUUGUUGAAUCUGUUUCUAUGGAAUGUAUUCUUGACGCUGGUAUCUAUCCUAAUCUUACUGAACUUAAAAUUUUUAAUUUCAACAAAGCAAUUGUUUCACGUUAUUUCAUUGACGAUUCUCUCUUUGGACAUAUUUUUAAACAACAAAUUACAGAUCUUGUUCUUGUCAGUAAUGAUAACAAUAUUGAAAUAACACAAAAAGAGUAUACCAAGGAUGUUUAUGCAAUUAUCUUUACUUUCUUUGAAAAUCUAAAGCAUUUGAGUAUUGUUUCAGCAUCUAUUAACGAUUAUCCACCUUUAUCGUUAUAUAUUUCACCACCACUGACUUUUUCCUCUUCAACACUUACCAAAUUAUGUAUCAAUGUUCAUGCUUUUGAUGAUUGUCUUGCUUUACUUGAUGGUCGUUUCAAACAAUUAACUACGUUCAUUGUUCAAGAUGAUCUAUCUACUUUAAAAUGUUUCUCAUUAAUAUGUUAUGAUAGUACUGAAGGAUAUAACAAUUUAAUUCUACCACUUCUUCGUCGAAUGUCAUAUCUUGAAGAAUUAA